AUGGGUCUUAUAGGCCUUAAUGUAGGGGGCUCAGUUUUUGCAGUGAAAUCGCAAUACAAGGGCUUGAAGGUAAUAGGUCGGGGUAGUUACGGAGUAGUUGCCUCGUGCACGGAUGCAACAUCUUCCAAGCGCCUCGCAAUCAAACGGAUCAAACCAAUGUCAGCACAUUGUAUUGACUCGAAACAUGUCCUCCGCGAAAUUCGAUGUAUGAGGUUGCUGGGUGCUCACACAAAUAUAGUGAGUAUACACGACUUAUUUUGCGAUGUACAUCAUGAUGAAUUAUACAUUGUGAUGGAUUUGAUGGAUUCUGACCUCCAUCGCAUUAUUCAGUCUCCACAGACUUUAACAGACGCACAUAAUCGUUAUUUUAUGUAUCAGCUGGUUCGCGGGGUAAUAUACAUACACGCGCAGGGCAUCAUCCACCGUGACCUGAAGCCCGGGAAUCUCCUGGUGACACGAAAUUGUGAGCUGCGAAUCACAGACUUCGGGCUAGCACGGCAACAGUCGGCAGCCCUCAAAGGUGGCAAGGACGACAGCUUUGAUAUCUGUCCCAUGACUCAACAUGUUGUCACACGAUGGUACCGACCACCGGAGCUGAUGCUGACUCCCGACGGUCGCUACACAAAUGCAGUUGACAUGUGGUCGGUCGGGUGCAUCCUCGCAGAGCUGCUUGGACGGAGCCCCCUCUUCCCAGGAAAGAAUUUUGUUCACCAGCUUCAACUCAUUUUUGAUGUAAUUGGAUCGCCACGGGCGGAGGAAAUAGAACGAGUUAAAAACAAACAGGCGCGAAAGUUUCUUGAUUCCAUUCAGGGGAAGCUGAAAGUGUCGUUUGGUAACAUUUUUGGUUCAGCGGGCUUGCCUGCGAAUACCGUGCUGGAAGGACUUUUGUUAUUCAAUGCCUCGAAACGCGCCACGGCAGUAGGACUUCUUGACUACUCCUAUUUCAGGAACCUUUCUUAUGCCAAAAUUCCAAUUGCCGAUCCACUUGCACCGCCUUGCGAUUUUUCCUUUGAAAGAGAGAGCCUCUCAUUGACAGAG